AUGGUCCGCAGCAUCCACAUUGCCGUCCUUGACGUUGAUAUUCCUCCUCGCAAACUUUAUGAAUCGCACGGCCUAUGCAGUGCUCACUUCCGUAACAUCCUACAAGAGACUGCCUCACGUUUGAACGAGACCUCCCUAGCCCACGAUGACCCCAUCGACAUAUCAGUCACUCCAUAUGACAUCCGAGGAGGACAUUAUCCUGACUUGCGCAAGCUAAGAGGUCAUCCAGACCACCUUGCUUACCCCGAUACCUCUCAAAUCGAUGCCAUCUUGAUCACAGGCGGCGCACCCGGCGUAUACGAAAUGGACAUGUCGCCCUGGAUGCAGCGCCUGCAGACCUUUCUCCAGACAGUCUUCGAACAAUACCCAGAGGUCCGAAUCUUAGGUACUUGCUUUGGACACCAGCUUAUCGGACAUGCUCUGAUGAGAAACCCGGCCGACACGGAGCGAGAGGUGUUCGUUGAGAAAUGUCCCCUCGGGAGAGAAGUGGGUAUAUACACCGUUCAGUUGGAGAAGGACUUCGUCCAGGCUUUUCCAUUGGCACUAGGUCAUUUGCCGCAGGAACAACUGAGAAUCCAGAUGUUCCAUGGUGAUCGUGUCAUGGCAGUUAAGAAGGGAUCUGCUAGCACGCUCGAUGAGAAGGCUUCUCUUCCUGCGCCAUGGAUUAAUGUCGGAAGCACACCUAUUUGUCCCAUUCAGGGGCUGUACUACCCGGGAAGGGUACUAUCUGUCCAAGGUCAUUAUGAGCUGGACGCGUUCGGUAUGCAGAACAUGUGUUUGGAGUUUGCACCGAGCUUCGGAUGGAAGGAUUCGAAGCUUGCAUUGUUUCUAGAGCAGGUUGGUCCACAUGUGGCGGAGCGACGAGACGAUGCGAGGUCCUUUGCUACUGCUGUUGUUUGUUUUUUGGCGGGUAUGGAGGAGCUUCGAAUUGGCGAAUAG